AUGGCUAAAGGCAAAGGAAAAGGCAAAGAUAAAGGAAAGUCGAUCCCCAACCGAGAUAAUUAUGCUAGAAUAUCACAUUUAUAUCAGAUUAGUAACCAAUUUUAUUUAGCACACCCUGAAUACCAAGCUUUAUCAAGGGGAUAUAACAGAAACUUGGAUCUAAUCGCCAAAAAAACCGUGAUCAAGCUAUCACCACACAUAAAAAGAACAUUAUGCAAGAAAUGCAAUACUAUGCUCAUUCCAGGUUUGACUAUGUCGAUGUAUAUUGAGAAUUUCUCGAAGGAGAAGUCACAGCAGAACGAUGUUUUUAUUAAUAAGUGUUUAAAUUGUGGGAAAUGCAAACGAUUUCCCGUUGGAAAAGAUAGAAACUACAUCUUAUUUACUGAUAAACAGGAUGAAAGUAUCGAAACCUAA